UAAAUUUAUUGUUUAUUUUUGUGUUUGUAAUUUUCUCUUAGCUAUGAGCCAGACUUUUAAUAUAUCAACAGAAUUUACACGAGCAAAGCAGUUACAAACAGUUCCAAAUAACCCGAUGAGUCGCCUUUUUGAAAUGGUAUUAAUUAAGCGGGAAUGCUAUAUUAAUGAUUUAUGGGAACUAGUGGGCUACGAAACAGUAUCUACCCGUGAUGAUACACGCAAUGAACUGGAGCGCGCAAUAGAAUGGCUUCUUAAACGACUGGCUGCCUUAGAUGUUGUAGCCUUUGUUAUUAUUGGAGUUCUUAAGCAUUGUGCAAACAAGCCAACUAUUCUAGUGUAUGGUAACCUUGAUGUGGAGGAAGCAUUAUUAGACGACGGAUGGGUUACAGAUCCUUUUGUAAUGGCGGAGAUUGGAAAUUAUUUAUAUGGCCGAGGUGUGGCCCUCGAUAAAGGACCACUUAUGUGCUGGCUGAACGCUAUUCAAGCAUAUCGUGAUGCUGGCUUGCGACUUCCUAUUAAUCUAGUAUUUCUUAUUGAAAGCAUGGCGCACAGUGGCAGUCUUGGCCUGCAGGAUGUUUUACAGCAGCGUAUCAGUUUUUUCCGCGAAGUAUCCUGUGUUGUAAUGGCUACACGACGUUGGCAAAGUAAUAUUACACCAUGUAUUGUAUAUGGUUCUAGAGGAUUGGUAUACUAUCAUUUAGAGGUUGAAUGUGCCAAUCGGUCUUUAAGUAGUUGUGAGCACUCUGGAACCUUGUUUGAGGCACUUCCUGAUCUAUUUUAUUUGCUAAGCUCGCUGGUUGAUUGUCAAAUGCACAUUCUUUUCGAAGGAACUCUGGAAUCAUUACAAAUUGAUAGAAAUGUGUUUCGUUUCACAGAAUUCAAUUAUCACGAGUUUGGUCAGAGUCUUGAUGUCCAAGACCUGCCUCAUCAAGCACAGAAGCAGGCGGCGUUGGCUGAGAACUGGGUCACGCCUCAUUUAUCAAUACAUGGAAUUGAAGGUGCUCAUGCCGAGAACAAUGUACGUUUUAUCAUCCCACAUAAAGUGACUGGAAAAUUUUCAAUUUCGAUGGCACCCAAUCAAAAUUCUGCGCAGGUAACCCAUGCCUUGCAGCAGCAUCUUGGAAAUGUGUGGGUACGAAGAAAUUCUCCCAAUAAGAUGAAAUUAUGUGAAAAGUUAGUAAUACCUUCUUGGAACGGUCGCUGCGACAGUCCUGAAUACAAGGCUGCUUUUCGCGCCAUGACUCAAACUUACGAAAUAAAACCCAACUUUAUUCGCGAUGGUGGUGCUCUUAUGGCUCCUUCACUCUUUCAACAUUAUUUACAGAAGAAUGUGUUAGUUUUGCCUAUUGCAAAGAAUGAUUGUGGUGGUUCUCCUGUUAACGAGAGAAUAAGUACACAAAACUAUAUUAUGGGUGCCCAGCUUAUGGCCGCAUUUAUGUGGGAGUAUGGAGAAAGUUUUCAUCAGGUGGAGGAUAUUAAAUAAGAUUUACUGAUUCUCUAAAAAAUACAUUGUUAAGAAAAAUAUAAAUAAGGGAUA